GUGAAUAGGGCUGUGAAGAAACGAACAACGCAUUCGCCAACGCGGAAUAAGCGGUUAGCAUAUUUAGCCGAGACGGUCUGAACUUAAACAUACUAAAGAAUGAUAAUUAACAACAAUUAACUGUCAAGGGGUGUAACUAAGGGAUAUAUCGUUAUAUCUAAAAGAUUUAUAUACUUGUAUUACCAUCUUAAACCUUUCAUUUUCACCCUUCACCCGGUUCUAGUUAGCAUUAGCAGCUAACAACAGCCUGCAGGAUAGUGUGUACUUAUAUGCGUGCACGAUUUAAGUUGCUUUUCAGCAAACCGUGUAUGUUUGUAAUAUUUUUAUAACAUCUAUAAUCUUUUUAGUCUGGCUUUUGAAUUUCCGUGCGACAGAAACGGCUAUACAGGCUAUAUAGUAGUGAAAUAGCGCGUUAGCUAAAGGAGCCGAGUCGAUUCACAACAGCAUAAUGUCCGAUUUUGAUGAGUUUGAGAGACAGCUGUCUGAAAACAAACAAGGUGACAGUCUAAAUGGUCACGAGCGGGAUAAGGAGAACCGGCAUCGCCGGCGCAGUCCGUCGCGCAGCCGGAGCCGAGAAAGGAAGAGGAGGAGCAGAAGCAGGGAGAGGAGAAGCAGGGAGCGUCGCAGUGAUAGCAGAGACCGCCGUCGUAGACGCAGUGAUCAUACACAGAACCAACCCCAAGAGAAUGUCAGUCGUUCACCUCACCGUGAGAAAAAGAAGAUUAAAAUUAAGAAGUACUGGGAUGUGCCACCUCCAGGCUUUGAGCAUAUUACACCCUUGCAGUACAAAGCCAUGCAAGCGGCUGGUCAGAUCCCUGCCACUGCCUUACUGCCAACCAUGACCCCGGACGGCCUGGCAGUGACGCCGACCCCAGUGCCUGUAGUGGGCAGUCAAAUGACUCGCCAGGCUCGCAGACUUUACGUUGGCAACAUCCCAUUUGGCAUCACAGAGGAAUCGAUGAUGGACUUUUUCAAUGCUCAGAUGAGGCUUGGCGGGCUGACUCAGGCUCCGGGCAAUCCUGUCCUGGCCGUUCAGAUUAACCAAGACAAAAACUUUGCUUUCCUUGAGUUCCGAUCAGUGGAUGAGACCACACAGGCCAUGGCGUUUGAUGGCAUCAUCUUCCAAGGACAAAGUUUAAAGAUUCGCCGGCCACACGAUUAUCAGCCUUUACCUGGCAUGAGCGAGAACCCCAGCGUAUACGUGCCAGGUGUGGUGUCCACUGUUGUACCAGACUCGAUUCACAAGCUUUUCAUUGGAGGCUUGCCAAACUAUCUCAGCGACGACCAGGUUAAAGAGUUGUUGACCUCUUUUGGACCUCUCAAAGCCUUUAAUUUGGUGAAAGACAGUGCAACAGGACUCUCAAAGGGCUAUGCCUUCUGUGAAUAUGUGGAUGUUAAUGUAAAUGAUCAGGCUAUUGCAGGACUGAACGGUAUGCAGUUGGCAGAUAAAAAGCUGCUGGUUCAGAGGGCAAGUGUAGGAGCCAAGAAUGCCACAAUGAUGAGUAUCAAUGAGACUCCAGUGACGUUGCAAGUCCCAGGAAUGAUAAGCAACCCCAUGGUGCAGAUGGGUGGUUCACCCACAGAGGUCCUCUGCCUGAUGAACAUGGUGGCUCCGGAGGAGUUGCUGGAUGAUGAGGAGUACGAAGAGAUCGUGGAGGAUGUCAAGGAAGAAUGCUCCAAAUACGGCCAGGUCAAAAGCAUAGAGAUCCCUCGACCUGUUGAUGGACUAGAGGUCCCUGGAACUGGAAAGAUCUUUGUGGAGUUCAUGUCCGUUUUCGACUCCCAGAAAGCCAUGCAGGGCUUAACAGGGAGAAAAUUCGCCAACCGGGUGGUGGUGACCAAAUACUGCGAUCCAGAUGCCUACCACCGCCGAGACUUCUGGUAGAGGCAUGAGGAAGAAAGGGGAUGAAAUACCAGCUAUGUGAUGUUAGCUCAUAAAGAAAGAAAUUGAGGCAGAGAUGAUGAAGGGGGAACAUUUUUGUACUCAUAAAUAAGCCAAAAGGCGACAGUUAUAUUUUUUGUUUUUUGAGAGUUAAAUUAAAAGAAAAUUUGUGAGCAUUUAUGGGAGGGUUUUUUUCUUUUGCUUUUGUUUGUAUUUUAAGGACAUUAGCGGGAGAUAGCUUAUUAUUCUGUUAAUAAAACUGUCACUCUUUUUUAAUUGUAUACUGAAAGAAAAAUGUAAGAUUGUGACGUUUCUGACCAACAGAGAAAAGCACCAAGGUUACAUUUCAAAAACAGAUGAACAUUUGGCAUUACCACAGUCAUAUUUAGACAGGUAAUCCAAAUAAAGAUGUCAUGAUUUGGCCCCCUACCUUGAUUUUAUCCCUUUUUAUUCCUUACUUUGAAUUGUAACCCACUGAUCGAUCUUUUUCACUUUGUAUUCUCUGUUGGUCAUCUCGCCGCAUCUCCCUCCCAUUCUGUAGCUUCUCGCAGUUCAUAUCUUCAGUAAUUAGACUGUCCCAAAUCUUGUUUUUUGGUAUAAAGUUGUUGGUUUUGUCUUUGCUUACACUCAUUUGGUCUCUUCCAUUUGUAAUCACCAUCUCAUUUGGUGAUGACACGUGUCCUGUGUGGAAGCAUUUGUGUUUCUAUGUGUGAUUUUCAGUAUAAUAGGCCACUUUUGAUAAUAAAACUAUUGGAAGUAUAAA